UGAGAGAGACAGACAGAGAGUAAGGAGACAUUGUCCGGGACAGAGACAGAGACCGAGCCGCUCGAGCUCUACAUCGCGACGGCAAAUGGACAUUUGGAGCGGAAUGAAGAGUAAAGUUUGAGGAGUUUGAGGAGCAGCGAGCAGUGAGUGUGUUCUGACCUGGAUUCAGUCAGGGCUUUGGGAGACACAGGGCGAGGGGUGAGGGGUGGACGAGCGAUUUACUGGGUCAAACAAACCGACUACCCCCACCACUGAAGAAGGGAAGGUCUGAAGGAAAAGAAGAAAAAACACAGACAAAGCGUUGAGGAAACCAUGAACACUGAAAAGAAGUGAGGUGAACUGAUCUGGAGAGAGAAGCACAAUGUCACGGUCAGAUGAGGUCAACAAAAUGACAGAGAAUGUCUACAAGGGCAUUCUGGACCAGUUCAACCCCAGUCUGAAGAAUUUUGUCACCAUGGGCAAACACUAUGAAAAGGCUCUGACGGGCGUCACAGUAGCAGCGAAGGGUUAUUUUGACACUCUGGUCAAACUAGGAGAGCUGGCCAGUGACAGCCAGGGCUCAAAGGAACUAGGUGACACGCUGUUCCAGAUGGCAGAGGUUCAUCGGCAGAUCCAGGUCCAACUAGAGGAUGUGCUGAAGCUGUUUCAUUCAGAGCUGCUGUCUCAACUCGAGCAGAAACUGGAGCUAGACAUCAAAUAUCUGACUGCGACGCUGAAGAAGUACCAGAGUGAGAGGAAGUCAAAGGUGGAGUCCAUUGAGCGCUGCCAAUCACAGCUGAAGAAGCUGCGGAGGAAGAGCCAAGCUAGUCGCCAUCCCAACAAAUAUGGAGACAGAGAGAUGCAGUAUGUGGAGCUGAUGAGUCGCCGGCAGGGCGAGCUGGACUCUCUGGUUGCCGUUGGUUACCGCUCCGCUCUGACAGAAGAAAGGCGACGCUAUUGCUUUCUGGUGGACCGUCAGUGUUCAGUCACCAAGAUCCUCACCAACUACCACUGCAAGGUGAGAGAGCUAUUGUCUCAGAAGCUGUCAUCGUGGCAACAGUCAUGUGCGCAGCCAACCAAGCUCCCGGAGCGAGCGCUGAGCCUGCUCCGUCACACUGCCCCCCAGAGCUCUGGAGGAGCAGGACUCGCCGAGGUCCUGCGCAACGCUAAACUGGGAAUCACUCAGCCCGCAGAACAAGUGAAUCGCCAUGUGAAGAUUCCUGAGUUUAUAUUUUUGUGUCUCUGUGCUCUCUAUAACUGUAUGUUAUGGUUGUGUUGUUCAGGCUCGACUCUUCCCCGAGUGCUUCCUCUCUGUGCUCCGUCCCGUGUGGAGGCUCUGUUCCCUCACUCCCCAGACUCCUGCGAGGCAGAGAAGCCAGGAGACCGAGGAGGAAGCUCAUGUCUGCUGUCCUUCCUGCCUGGAGACGCUCUGUCCCUGCUGAUCAGUGAACCCAGAGACGGCUGGCACUACGGCCAGAACGAGCGCACGGGACGAAAAGGCUGGUUUCCCUUCUCCUACACACAGCCUUUCCCCAACACUCCCGGACAAGAUCUCAGUCCUCCUGCUCUGUCGAAGGUGAACAGCACCAGUAUGGGGCAGCUGGACAGGCUUCCCCCCGCGGGUCAGAUGCCGCAGGUCAGUCCUGACUCCGAGGACGAGAGGAGCGUCUUGUCUCAGCGCAUCAGCACCUUCAGACCACGACCCUACAGCAUGAUGAACCCCGAGACCAGCAGGAUGAGGACGUCGACUGAUUUCACCUCGACGCCUCCAUCACCCAGCAGGAUCAACCCGUUCGCUCAUAUUCGACUCAAGAAGACGGUGACCAAUGAUCGCUCCGCCCCGCUGAUACAGCAGAGCCUUUGAUUGACAGCCAGAGGUGCUCCUGUUAAUGCGUCAUGAAUAACCCAACCUCUGAGCUUACACUUUUGCAUACAGAAACCCAUUUAUACAAUAACUAGUAUCAGAGAAUGAAGUGCAGUUCAAUGCAUUUAGAUCAUUUAGGAUUUAGCUGAUCAAAUGCAUAUUCAAUAUAUAUUACGUUAUAAGAAAAUGAAAU